AAGCGUAACUGUGCAGUUUACAGAACAAGAGUGUUGACUUUUUGUUUACAGUUCGGCGGACUGUGGAGGAACAAUGGAUCGUGAACCGGAACCGGUAGAAGUUGAGGCGGUAAACAGCUGAUCGGGCGAGAUCCAGAUGGCUUUGGCGCGAGAAUCAGCUGACAAUCCCAGUGCGAGUCGGGCAGAGCACAACGUCGACUGUUCACAACUGCUAAUUUUAUCGCUAUUUUCGUGAGCGCGCAAUAGACCUCAGUCAGUGCUGUGUUCUGUGAUCACUUCCCUCGGUCGACAUUAGGCGCAGUGUUGUCACAGUGUUUUAUGUGUUUUGUGUAUUUCAAAAUAUUUUGCCGUAUGUAUAUUUGGAAUUGGAAAUUAGUCUAAGAAAACUACAAAAAGAUUGCAGCUUUUAUAGGUAAAAAGUUCAUUGACCCUUUAAUGAGUUCCGUCCCUCAAAAACUUUGACAAUUUAAACAAGCACAUUUAAGAAAACCCAAAAAUAAAAACAAAUAUAUAGGUACUAAAAUUAUGUGUUAAUUUUCUCAGUAGGCUAUUAUUCACUGCUUUAAUUGAAAAAGAAAAAAAUGUAUUCCUUUAAUGUAUUUAUACAAACUGAUAAAUCCAAAACAAAACCACCUGGAUUAAAUAUACAAUAAGAUCAAAACAGGUAAACUCCAGCGACUAUAGCAGGAAUUUUAGAAAUUGUAAAUUUCCGCUGAAACUAAAUCAACUGUUAAUAAUUUAGUUAGUGAAUCAUUUAGUAAAAUGGGUUGUAUAACUAGAUUAUAUUAGUUCCUUUAUAAAAAUCUAAACAGUUUAAAGAAACAGGUUUUGCCAUUACAUGAAAAGUCAAUAUAAAGUAAAAGUUUCAUAAUAUCAGAAAAUACAUUAUGUUUAGUAAUUAUUCAGAUAUUGUAUAUCGUCUAAAGAUAAAGAUUAUUUUAAAAUAGUAUUGUACUAAGCAUUAUUUCAAUUUUCCUUCCAAACACCUUUAAGGUUGAACACUUGCUUGAAACACAUUAUCCAUGUUUUUUUACUUACGCAAAGAACCUGAGAAAUUUAAUAAAACCUUGUCAAUAUCAUGAUUUUAUCAUUUAAUUACACCACAGAUAAUAUGUUUGCUUAACGAAGCUAAACAUGGAAGCUACCACGAAACCUCAACGCUCUGUACAAGCCUGGAUUCUAAAUAUGUUUAAAGUACAAACUCUUUAGUAACCUUUUAGUAUCCCGCAUAUAUCAGCGUUUGUUUGAGCUUAGUCCUAAAGUUACUCAUUUUAUAAACAGUAUGAGAUAACCCGUUGUACUUUUCGUCGCUGUUUCUUUCAUUAGGCUCUAAACUAGAAAUAAAAAUAGAAGAAUAUUUUUCUGCUCCACUUUUUUAAUGAUUAGAAGUCACAAAAAUAUAAUUAAUAUACUGUAAAUUAUUUGUUAGAAUCGAUGUAAAAACAACAGCUAUCAUGAGGCUAUAUUGUUGUAGUACUACCACAUUUAAAUUAAUGUAGACUUAUGAACAGGACAUACGAUUCUUUAAUGAAAAAACGGGCAUUUCGUAAUUUUCUCGAAAUUUUUCUUCGUAAAUGCGAUUCCUAAAAUUUGAUAGUGUAAAAGUGUUUGUGUGUUUUGGCUAAUAUGCUCAUUUGUGUUUAUUUGGCUUUUAUUACAGUGUUCUUGAAUCUAACGUGAAAGUUGUUAAAGGCAGUAACUGAUAGAAAGGAAAUGGAUGUUAAGAUAGCUACCGGGAAGCACAAUUUCUGAUUCCAUUUGAUUUACAAAUUUUCCUCUUUGCACACUGGUCGCAUCACUCGUAUCUCUGGUAGUCAUUUAUUCGUUCUAUCAAAAUUUAUAUGGGUGUCCCGCAGUGUACUAACUGUAUUUUGUAAGCCAUAACAGUCUUGCGGCAUCUUCAACAGUGUUGAACACCUGGUCCAUGUGUGUUAGUGUCGCACCGCUUCUGCGUGAUAAUGUAGUAAGAGUACAUACAGCAGUCUCUGAUACGUGGCUAUCAGCACGGUAAACCGCAUUCCACAAGCACACACUCCUGGACACUGAACAGAUCAUCUGUUUUCCAAUUUUUACGCAGUUCCUUAGUUAAUGGAAGUAACAAACAUUAACAAUUAGUUCAGUUACACAAUUAGUUACAUUAACAAUUAGCCAUGGGUCGCGUAGGUUGCGAAGGUGGAAACAUUAACAGGUAGACAUUAAAUCAAAGAGUAUUCGUCCAAAUAUUUUAUCCGUUAUCAAAUAUUUUUCCGAAUGUGAUACUUGCGAUACUGCACAUUGGUGCUAAACCACAGCUCUGUUAGUCUAUAUUUAACAACACGUACAAUACAAGGAAGUUAGGAAAAUACAUAACGUAAAUGUGUGGUUUUAACUUCCUCUCAUCGUCACCACAGAGUCGUGAACACAGUAAAAGGAAGGUAAAACUCAAUGAAGAAUUGAUAAAAGUAUGAAUUAAACUGAGAUUCUGUAAAGUAAAAUCGUCUAACUAUAGACAUUUAAAAUACUUCCAGCUUGUGGUCUGUAUAUAAAUAACUAACCACAGGCUAUUUCACAGUUGCCUACCCGUUUUUACCUUUAAAAAAAACUUACAAAUCGAUUGAACUAAUCAUUAAAAGUAUGUUUGCUUAACUAACUACUUUAAUUUAUACAGUUUAGUUUCCUUGAGUUUUAUCAUAGUAAAAUGAUAUUACACAGUUCAGCAUAUAUUAGUUAAAAUGUAUGCGCCUCUAUAUUAUAAUUUACAAUAGUUUAAUUAUUUCAAUGUCCAACAUAACACCACAUACCUUUCUUAUUUUUAAAAACUCAAGCUUUCGUUGUAAUGUGGAAUGUUAGUUUACAAAUUAGUAGUUCUCUAAAGCUGCAAAGUUGUACAGUUCGCUUAGCCUCGAUCGGAAUCUCAAUUAUUUCUAACCAAAUAAAAAUAUGUGUAUUAGAUUUUACAACUCUUCUGAGUAUCUGGAUUUUAAUAUUUUUAAUCCUCAUUAUGUACACAUUACUGGUGAAAAUAGAAACUGUUAUUACGUAAGAAGUUUACAAAACAGAUUAUUUUAUUAAUGCAAUUACGUCCACAAUCGGUAAGGAGAAUUCAAAUAGAGUAGAACAGUGAUAAUUAAAAAGAUGGUGCUAUUUCCUUAGUAGUCACCCAACUUCCCAUAGUUCUACAGGAGAACAGAUACUUACCUGGCCCGGUGCACGUCACGUCGUAUAAAUCGUCUAGACCACGUUAUAUCUUAACAUCACGUUUCCGAGAUAUGUUCAAGCAGUAGAGUGAAACAAAUGUCCUGCGAGCUUCCUGGUGCCUAGACACAUGAGGGGAACAGGUGUAGCAUUGGGCCAAUUUCUGAAGGUUAUAUGAUCAAGGCAGACAUUACAUCAAUAAGUAUUCGUCCAAAUGUUUAAAUUAUCCGUUAUCAAAUAUUUUUCUGAAUGAGAUUUAGUUUGCGAUACUGCACAUUGGUUAUAUACCUUUCGAGGUUAAGUGGUAUAGAGGACUUUAUAGUCCUAACUUCGCCUCUAAUAAAGACAUUUUUCAUUUCAUUUUAUUUACCUACUUUGGAAGAUUAUGAGUCGCACAAAAAUAGUUACAGACAUAUUUUUUUCUUCUGUCGUAUAAACUGUACAAUAUAUAUGUGUGCGUGUUGCCCUCUACUAGUUACUGAGGUUAGGAUAAAAUAUUUAGUAUAUAUUUAGACUUAAUUAGCACGAGUUUUCCAACCAUGUAAGAAAAAUGUCAAUUGAUCUAUGCAACUAUUCUAUCAUGAGAAACAUUUGUCAGAUUUGUAUUUUUCCUAUCCAUAUUAAUUUUAAACGGAUAGCCACAUUUGAACUAAAGAAACAUUUCUCAAAUAUUUGUAGAGAAAUAACAUUGGAUUUGUAGUUAUUCUCUAACGAAAUUAGUUUUUAAAUUAAUAAAAUCAUGAUUUUACAAGUUAUCAUUGCAAAUUUAAAGAUUACAGAUGAAAUGUUCUCGAGAUAUCUGCGGAUAGUUAAACUAAGGUUAACGUUCAGCCAAAUCCUAUGGAUCACUCGUCCCAUAAUCACACACGACGUUGUUUAUGUAGGAAUGAAGUUACUUGGCCCAUGGCUCAACUCGUUCCUGAGAUUUAUCACCCUGAGUAAUAUCUUUGCUAACGCUCAGCCCAAAUUCAUGGGACGUGCACCAUCAUCGAACUUUAUCUUGUCUGUAUACAAAUAAAGCGGUACAUCACAGUAUCGAAUGACGAGACAGAACGUAACGAAAGUCAAUCUGUUAACUUGAACGUCUGUUUCAACGAAUGACACGGCGGCGUCUAAGAUACUCGUAGAUCUGUAUUAUUACAAACCACGAAUAAAGGCUGUCAAUAGUUAUGGAUAAUUUCAUUAUACUUAUCACGUGCUACACUGAGAGAAAGGUUUAAGAAAGUUCUAAGAUAUUGUCUUCGUAUAUAUCUUAGAAUGUGUUUUUAUAAAUUUGUUAAUUUUGCAAAUGUUUAAAAAUGUACGUCCGUAUACUAAUAAAAUAUUUGUGUUAUAGAACGUCUGUUUGUAAUUGUAUUUUACAUAUGGUCACUAUUAUACUUGUUAUAGUGUAUUGGUCAUUAUUAAUUAAUAUAAUAACUAAAACAAUAAAUAUCGACUAAAAUUAAGGUGUGAUGAGCUAUUAGCUCUUAAGUAACUAACUAUUUUAGAUCAUGUACAACGAACGAUCGUUCUAACUUGUAUCUUCUGACAAACAUUAUUUAAUGAGAAAACUGCACAAUCACAGAGUAUACACUCAUUUAUAAUAAACAGGGAGGCUAUUCUACCAAUUUCUUCAUUUUGUAAUCGUUGACAUGUUCGGAUGGUUUCCAGUAAACAAAUUUGUUUCCAUCCAAACUUUUUGGAAUCCAUCUCUUAUUUUUACCGUCGAAUUUUGCGUAUUUUACGUCAUUACCAGUUUCGAAGCUUUCAGUUUAAUUUUAAUUUCUCAAAUUAUUAUUUACUGGUUUGUUUAAAAAUCAAAGUUCUAAGUUAGAACUCUCAAUUAUAAAAAGUAUACGUUUUCGAAUAACAAAAAAUCGUUUGAAAACAUGUAGUAGAUUUUUAAAAUGGUACAAUUUACGAAAAUCAGCAAAAGCAAGUAAAUGUAUUUAAGGUUUAUCAUAGUUUGUGUUGCUCAUUACUUAAAAUUAUUUAAGAACAGUAAGGUUCUUUAAGCAUUGCAUCAAUAAAAUAGCAACGGAAUAUAAACUAUUAAUUGUAAUUAUAAUCCUAAAGAAACCUUCUCAAUAGAAACAUGUCUUUUUCUGAAAUUAGAGCGUAAUGUAAAUAUAAAGAACUGUUGAAUUAUAAUCGUGGAAAAUGUAAAAUGGAUUGAAAAUAUGUAAGUAAUUAUAUAAUAAUUAAAGCUGACAAGCUGGCCUGGCUUGUCUUGUUUGACGUAUUGCAAAUUUCGUUGAAUACAGAGAUUGAUAGAUUAUAAUAUGAAAUAACAUCACAUUCUAUAAUAUUAUAAACAAAGUAAUGGAAUAAAUUUAUUUUAAAAAUGUGAAGUUAUCUUUAAUUUUGAUUUGAUAUCGUAAAACCGGAUAUUAUGGAUCUCCGCCCUAUGUACUGUAAUAUUUCAGAGUGGCGUUAAAAUAUGUAUUACACAGAAUACCCUAUAAACGAAUACAUUUCAAUUCCUUGGUUAGAUUUCGUUACCUCUCAUCAAAAAUUAAAAAUUUUCUAAGAAGUCAGAAUUUGUUAUAGAAUAUCUGCAAUUUUAUUCUGUUGCGAGAUAAGACAACAAAAGCUCGAGGCAUGUUUCUCGUUCUUCGUCUUCAGCUGAUCAACUCCGGCAGCCAUGCCCUCAACUGGUGGUCAGAGGCAUGGGUGUCAGUCUGAUAUGAACUAUGUUCGAUAACAGUUAAAAACCUAAAAACACUUUCUAAUCCAAUUCAAAAAAAUAAGAAAUAUCUUUUUGAUAUAUUUGUAUGUGUACUUUAAUAGUUAAAAUAGCAUAGAAAAAAUGUCAGUCUUUGGGGAACAGAUAACGAAAUUAUAAGGUAUUUAAUUAUUUUUAACAGCAAUAAUAAGUUUUCUCGAGACUUUUUUUUUAAAAGUACACAGGAGUUGUUACUCUGACAUCAGAUUUCAUAGAAACGAUUGAGGUAUAAAUAAAAGGUAAAAUAAGUAAAAUAAUCUGUGGGAAUUACAAUUAAUUCAAUUUGCCCUUGUAGGUGUUGUAUUAGGAUGCCUGUUAUACUAGAGGCAUAACUGUGGGCAAAACAAAAACACAAAUUAAAGUUAUCGACCAUGGUGAAUAAUCGACUGUCAAUCAUUUUCGUUUGAGUUUUCUCUGAUCAUUUUCGUGUCUUUUAUUAAUUUUCUAUUUUUGUAUUUGCAACGUUGAGAGGAUUUUCGUUCUUAACGUUACUAAUAUCUUAUAUUUUGCUUCAUAGAAUUUCGUAAGCAGUUAAAGAUUCCCAUCUAGUAAUUGGAAGUAGACACAUAUUUUAAACUAUGAAACUGGUUUGUAGAGAUCAGCCAGAAAUCUGGACAUAAAGGCCGGUAACAGCGAAACUAUCUGUUGACACUUUUGCCGGGUUAUCAGUGAGAUAAGAGCACCGCCCAGCCUGUCGCUAAUGCUUGCGUAAUGCUGCGACCCCGGCCCCCGGCGACCCGGCUACUAGAGGUUAUCUUCUGUUUGUGGUAUCCUUUGUGUAUGUUAUCUACGGCUGAUUACGUCUGUUGGUCCAUUCCACCGAUCUGCGGUUCAUUGCUGCGUUUACGAUCAACAAUUUGUGUUAAUUACACAUUUAUCGCGUUGGGGUCAGUGUGUAAAACUUACAACAUGUAUCAAACAUGACAACAUCGGUACCUAAUGCGAGCUACAAAUUAUCUGUUUAAUUGGCGAGUUUCUUACGAAUUGGAUAUUUGUUUGUCGAUAGUUAUAAGGCACUUUUAACUCUCUACAAGUGCCUUUUAUUUGGUAUGGUUUUCAAUUAUAACUUUGAGAUUUGUUUGAUACUGAAACAAAAGGUCUUUGUUGAUGGAAUAACGUUAUAAACUGUCCUGUGUCACAUACACGUCAAGGAAAUGAAAGCUCACAGGUUUUUCUGAGCGCACUUACACGAAUAAGCUGUCUAUGAAACGAUAUUGCAUACAAUCCGUUGCCACUUAUACGUUGUUGUUGUAUACUAUCUAGUGACUAACGAAAGAAAACAAUAUUAUAAAUAUAUUACAGAAACAUAUUGAACAUCCUAUAUUGGAUAAUAAUAAACAUAUCUAACAUUUAAAAUUUAAUUUAUCAAAACUGAGUUCGUUUGUAGAUGAUUUAAAUGGAAUGUAACUCAGAAUAAAAGAUUUAUCACGAUAGGGGUAUUUAAAAAUAGCCAUGUAUACCUGGUUUUCACUCAAUAUGUCUGCCACACCAUCUCCAUAUGGAUGCAAGGUAUAUUCCUUUGUAAAGUCGAAGACUGAGGACACUAAAGACUAUCGAAAUCAAACUUCUCUCUAAUACUGACGGCUAGGACCAAUAAACAGAAUUUGCUGCUGGUGCCCUAUAUCCCUCAAAAGGUAGUUACUAGGUCUCGUCACCAGAUCGUGCUGUGAGUUGUUCCAGUGAAACAUCUGUGAUCUAUCACUCUUGUAGUGGCAACAGAAUUCAAUAACUCGAGCACCUGCGAGUAGUAACUGUUAGAAUUAAAAAUGUAUAUAAACGGAAAAAUAAAAGUUUCGGUAAAAUGCGCUUUUAAAAUAGAAUGAUAUAAAAUCUGUGUGCAAUAUACAAUAACAUUUCUUUUAAUUACACAACAAAUGUUCAUGUAGAAUAUUCUAUACUUUUAUAAUAUCUUCAAAAAGUAAUAAUUUAGUAUUAAAACACCUUUUGGUAAGUUAAAAGUUGAAGUAACAUAACUUGCGUGCAGCGUAUGGAACGUUUUUUUACUUUUAAUAUGAACUUUGUCUGUAACAUAUUGCAUAUUUUCAUAUUAAAAUAAAAAAAACUAUAUCUCAAUAACAAAUAAAAAGAGAAUCACCUUUCAUAUACUUUUAUUUAUAGGACUAGGUAACGUAAAUUUGGCCCUUUUCAGCUUUUCGAUUUACUGUUAUGUUGUAAAUAAAGCAAGGUGACAUUAAAAAGGAAAACAUAAAACACAUCGUGUAAUUAUAUGUAAUUUAAGAACACAGCAACAUGCACUAAAAACAUUACAUUACAAAAAUAUAUUGACCUUCUUCCCUCUAUAAAGUACAAGGCACGCAAGACCACUUGCCGCAUAACAAACAGGCUACAUUGAGGUUACAUGUAAAAUUACAAGUCUGGCUUAAUCAUUUUCGAAAUGCCCUGCGGACAGACAGACAGUGGCAUAGGAAAGAUACUUUACAUGCCUGGGCAGACAAAAGAGAGUUUAUGCUAGCCAACUGAGUGAUAAGCUUCUAUGACGCUCAGCCAAUCCCAUGAAGUAACGUGCACCAUCGUCAAACUGGAUGUCGCUUAUAUGAAAUGUUAAAUUUUAUGCAACGUUGAAGUCUUUAUGUUAGUUCUUUUUCGAUAUAUCGCGUGGACAGACAGGCAAGAACGAUAGUUUUGUAGCCCCUCAAGUGACUUCGCUAACGCUCAGGUAAUGAGAUAAUGCGCCUGCCUCCGUCCCCUGCAAAGUCAACUCCUGUAUACGUCACUGUUCCGGGUAUUCAAGUCUGGUACGAGCCAUGUAUCAGAGUAGAUUUAUUUCCUAGGAACGGACAGUAUGAGUUGAUUCAUGUCGCAUCUCCCGCCAAAACUCCAGCUGCGAGGAGCGCUAGCACAGAUGUCAGCUGUUAUUUAGCAGUCUGGCGGUUGUGAUGUGCCUCGCUCCAUUUCAUAAUCCGUCUUCUGUCUUCGUUAAUUACCUUGCUGGAAAUGUGUGAAGUGCUGAGUGAACGACUCACUAACACGUGUCCCUUGCAGGAAACUAUUGAGUGGUUUAGACUUGAACUUAAUUGUUAGUUACUCAGUAGUAAGUAGAUAUGAGAAGAUUUCACGCCAAACGUUUUGGAAGUAUUGAAGCGUAGAAUAAUAAUAGUGUUAUAUUCGAAUACAUAUAGUAAGUUAUUCUAUGCCUCGAGGAUUUUAGUAACUUCAGUAACUCAGUCGGAUUCUAAUUGUUAUUUUAACAGACAGUCUACUAGUACCUCGAUCCUGAAAUAGCAUUUUGCCAGUGCCAGUACCACGGUCUCUGGGAUGGCCUCGUGAGCUCUCCGCCUCGUCUUUGGGCAGUUUUUGAGCAAGCCCAAUGGGUUACGUGACGUAAAGCCCAUAAGAGCUACGAUUGCGUUUUCGGUUUCAUGGAGACGAGUGAUGGGGUGCCUCGGUGUGAGCUACGUAACAUUUAUUCAUACAUAUCUAUUUACAAUAAAACGCUUACGAAGGUUCUUAGUUUGUCAGUUUAUUUUUAUGUUUGUUUCAACAAAUCAUUUUUUUAUGUGUUUAAGAAUAAUUUCUACCGAUUCGCUUGAUAAUUUUGGCUUAAUUAAAAUAAUUCUGAUUCUGAAAACCAUGAAAUCUACAGUUAAAUGUGAGGAAUUUACCGAGAUUUUGAAUGUAAAUUUAAGUAUAUUUGUUGAACCGUUGAUAAAAUUUGCGAAGUGGAUUUAAAUAUUAGUUUUGGGUUUAUAUAUCCAUAGAUAGAAAUAUAAAAUCAACAAAUAACGGCUUCUAGAGUUAUCUGCAAAAUUUAAAUUGGAUACUCAAUCAUGUUUCAAAUACGUCUCUCAAAUGUAUAUAUUUUAAUUUGUAAUGGAAUGCGUCCAAUUUUAAACAUUUCUCAGAUUUAAUUACUUUUAAUAGAAAUUGUAAACGGUUGCAUGUAAAUUAAGUAUGUUCAAACACAAAGAGGAAUUUAAGUCUCAAUGUAUGUGUUAAAAGUUUAAAUGUUACUUGUGUAUGUUAAACGAGCCACAUUUAAUUCGAAAUAUAUUAUCGUAUGACCGCCACAGUUCUAUUUUUACUUUACGCAAAAGUAAGAUUUAACCCUGUGCAUUUUAAAACUAAGUUUUAGUGAGAAUUAUUUUUUCAACUUUAUUAAGUUUCUAAAAGACUAUAAGUGGUGAAAAUGUUAUAAAUUUUAUGAAAAUGUUUAUUUUUGUAAUACAUUAUUUUUAGGGGAUAAACUGUAAUGAAUUAAAGGCACAAUCGAUUAACAAGCUAAUUUCUAGUAUGUGCCUGUUACAAAUGAUGUAAUGAUGUUUAUAUGAGUAAAAACAAUGUAAUCACGUCCACGCCACAUUCCGAUUUUCAGAUAAUCCGGUAUUUUACUUAAGUCUCUAGGUGUUAUAUAUGGAUUUUAACGUAACAAACAUCCUUAAAAAUUGUUUUUUAAGAACAUUCUCUCUUAUUAAAAUACUUCAAUAUUAAAUCUUGCUACAACUUUCAACAAAUAUAUUUGUGUUAAAAGGAAGCUAUUUGAAAUUAUCAACUAACAAUUUUAAAUAUUUUUGUUGGUAGAGACGAAGGCCGAGCGGGUUUUGGCGUAGGAGUUAUGAGUUAGAGAUACCAGAUGUUAAUACCCUGUAUAUGACAGUUUCACUUUUUAUCAGUACCACCAAUCUUGCAUUGUUCCGUCACCCGACAGCCACUUAUUCUGUUUGAUAAGAUUCUCGCACAGACCACCAUGAGGACGAAAGUCUAAAAAAUAGGCCUCUCCUUUUUAGAAAAUAAGACAUUUUCAGGGAUAAUGAAAGAAUGUAAUCUGUAUAAAGAAAACAGGUUGUAUGUUUGUUUAUUUUAUGUAUAAUUUAUAUAUUAGGUAUGAUCUACAAUUUUUUCUUGUAAAAUACAAAUUAUACUUUAAAUUUUAAAGUUUAAUAAGAUAAUUUUCGAAGUUGGUUGAAAAUUUUAGUAGCAAAAUAAGUACGGUACCCAGAUCUUAAAUUGUGUGUUUUUUUGGAUUCAGUUAGGAGGUUUUUUUACAUUUUAACCUCAAAAUCUGUUCGAUACUGUAAAUUUAUAUUUCCAUCAAUCUCAUUAUUUGUAGUCGAUUACUGUUUCUUCUUACAAUAAACUUUGGGCCUUAUUUUAAUAAUUGAAGAAUUGCCAGUUUCAUUAAAGAUUAAAUAUGAACAAAUGAAUAUAAAUAAGUUCAAACGAUCCUAUUUGUUUUAUCUGGAAGUAGCUCGCGGUAUUUGGCGACGAUUCUGUGAUAGUGGCCAAGUUGUUAUAAUAAUAUAAUGAUUGUCAUUGAAUCUUUAUUUAUGUCAAGGACAUUUAUUUAAAAAUGUCAUUAUAUCCGCCUGAAAUUUUACUUUCUUCAAUAACUUAAAGCUUAGACACAUUUUUAAGUGUUUAUAUGUUUCAGUCACAUAAAAAGUCGUGACAUAUCAGUAAAAUACUCUAUUUAAGCAUGGGGAAAUUGAAUAGUUCUCCAAAAAGAAUUUAUUUUAGUUUGUGGUUCUUAAAAUAAGACGAUUUAUAAAGAAAUGUCUGAAAAACGUUUUGAACCAGUAAGAUGUUUCUAUAGUAAGAUGUUAGGAUAUCAGUGAAUAAACUAAACAUGUCUAAUAGGGGUUGAUAAUUUAUGAGUUAAAUAAACAGCAUAAAAACAAAAACCCUAGUUAUGACAGAGAAUUGUUUACGAAACUGUAUUCUAUUCCCAAUUAAAAAUAAUAAAACAAAAAUAUUACUUGUCAACAUUUUCAUAAAAAAAUAUUCAUGUACAAGUAUAAUUCUUAAUUACAAUUUAUGCCUACAACAAAUCCUAUAUUGGAUUUUACCAUUUACGAUAUCCUCAAGUUGUAUUUUGCUGUUCACUGUCUGAAGGUAACCGAAAGUGCGAUAUAGAUCACUCCGACAUUUUUGUUUGAUAAGGUAUGUCUGAAUUACUAUUAUAAACCAUCCAAUUUAGGGUCAAAUCUUUUUCUGAUAAUUUUCGUAUAAUUACAUUUUAAUUUUACUCGAUCACAUAUAGAAGGUAACAAAUCUUGAUCCGAAUUACUGAGAUUCCUUCAAAUUUUAUUAGUUUUAAAUUUAGUUCGUGAGUGAAAAUAAUCUGAAACUACUUUUAAACUUUCAAUAGAAAAGUUACUUUUUUAAAUUUACGUAAACAGUGUUAGAAUUGAGAUACCAAGUGAACUUUUAACAAAAAUGGUUCGAAUUCCUGGAAGAAUUUACCAGCGGCUGCAAACUCCAGGGUUGCGAAGGUAGUUCCUCCCUAAACCUCGCGAAGACAUGAGUGAUGUCGACCCUGGGCAGUGGUAACGCCCCUAAUCCAGUUCCUGUCAAAAUGUUUGAAAUUCCAGACAUCUUCGCAUUUUUCGCCCACAUGUACAACCUUUACACGAGGUACAGACAGACGAGGUUCAGCUCCAGGAGGGUCCGUAGACGGGUGGUCUUCAAACAUGGAGACUGCAACGUGGUCCAGGGCAAAGUGGCCAAGCGACGACGCAGGUAUCUACAGGACAUCUUCACUACUCUGGUGGAUGCUCAGUGGAGGUGGACUUUGUUGGUCUUCGCCCUCAGUUUCCUCCUUAGUUGGCUCGGGUUCGCGGUGGUCUGGUGGCUCAUCGUCAUCACCCAUAGCGACCUCGACCACGCGGCCUCGACCCCGGCCGCAGGCAAUGCCACUGAGGUUGCAGACACCCUCAACUAUUGCAUCGUCGGUGUCAACACCUUCACUGGAGCCUUCCUUUUCAGCGUGGAGACCCAGCACACCAUAGGGUACGGGGCACGCUACACCUUGGAGGACUGCCCGACCGCCAUCUUCGUCAUGUGCCUCCAGAGUAUCACUGGGGUGAUGAUACAAGCCUUCAUGGUGGGAGUGGUGUUCGCCAAGCUGUCGCGGCCAAAGAAGCGCACCCAGACGCUGCUGUUCAGUCGGCACGCGGUGAUCUGCCAGCGAGACGGAGAGCUGUGCCUCAUGUUCAGGGUGGGCGACAUGCGCAAGAGCCACAUCAUAGAGGCUCACGUGCGCGCCCAACUCAUCAAGAGAAAGGUGACAAAGGAGGGCGAGUUGCUGCCUUUUUGCCAGACGGAACUGAAGGUGGGUGGUGAUGGAGAGGAGGACAAGAUCUUCUUCAUAUGGCCCACCACCAUCGUCCACAAGAUCACCUCCUCCUCCCCACUGUACACGCUGUCGGCGGCCGACAUGCUGCGGGAGCGGUUCGAGAUCGUUGUCAUACUCGAGGGUGUGAUAGAGUCGACGGGCAUGACGACGCAGGCCCGCAGCUCCUACCUGCCCGGCGAGAUCCUUUGGGGUCACCGGUUCCAACAUCUAGUCACUUUCAAGAAAGAAACUGGUGAGCACGAGGUGGAUUACAGCCUGUUCAACGACACGUACGAGGUGGAUACGCCUCUCUGCAGUGCCAUGGAGCUGGAUAACCUCACCCAGCAGAGCAGGCCAGAUAUCCAGAAGUACCCCGUGUCCCCUGACCUGACCAGCGUGGAGUCCCAGAGUGUUGGUGACAGCUGUAUCGUUCAGCUCCAGCACGUGCCAGGCCCAGAGUCUAGGAUCUGACAUCACAGAUGCCGGUGAUGUCUGGCCUCCUAACCUUGUUUCUUCGACAAAACCAAAGAUGUACUUAAGUGUAAAUAUAAAGACGGCCCUUUAGUGAUAGCGUAGUGUUAAUACAAUACUAAACUCCAUCCGGUGUGUCA